AGAUAAAAUCGUUGGAGAAAAGAGCCUCUUACAAGCGAAGUACAUUGCUCUGUUGUUGAACAUGGGACUUGGAUUCGUGUACGAUUAUACCCAACCAUAUAUCAGGUAUAAUGUUAUGAGACGGUUUUCAAAAUUCAGGUCGGUUGACAAACAGUAAGUCUCGUUGGUAAUAUGCAGUCGUGUUACAAUUAGUAUCUAUGGAUAAAUAUGCUGGUGAAGCGUAGGAUUUACAGGCAUUUACUCAUCGUUAGAAGGAGUACAAGAAAAUGCUCGUUUUAUAGGACAAUUUUGUCUGUCGCCGUGACUACCCUUUUCUGCUUUACUGCAUUGAUCAAAUUACAAUAUCACAAGUAUUUAUACAACAGUGUAACUUCGAUAGACACAGUUCAUAUGCGAAAAGAAACACCAACCGUUUCUGAUACUGUCACAAAAGUAGACGUUCAUGUUGAUAUAGAAUCAGUUAUUCGAUGCAAAUCACAAAGCAUGGGGUGUUUCAAUCUAGCGGUAAUGAAGGAAAAAAUUGAUAGAAGUGAGCAAAGUUCUCUGAUGUCAUGUCUUCACGACUGUUCGAAAAGUACUUACCGUUACUACGGAAAAAUAGAAUCAACUUGCUAUUGUGCGAAUGAUUCCAAACAUUUGGUGGAUAUUCAAUCAUGGACAUAUUGCGACAAAACAUCAAGAGAAGAUAAAAGAAUCGAGAUAUUUCAUAUUACAGAAUCGUGCCAUAAAGGGUUUCCUGAAGCUCUUGUUCAAAAAUAUUACGUAGGUUGUGUUCCACUUCUUCCCCAAAUAUUUAUAUUUGACAAGGAUAAGGUAUUCAGAACAAGUGCGCCAUCCAUCGAAAAAUGCAUAUAUUUGUGCGAAGAAAGAAAAUUUCCACUUGCGAUGAAGAGUCGCGAAAAAACUACUUGCCUAUGCUUUGAACCGAGGACAGUAUUUCGUAAUGCCACGGAGUUGGAAACAUUACUUAAACAAUGUGACGAGAGCAGCAAAGAAAAAUCUUUUCAUCUUUAUCACACUUACCAGGAAAAUCGUUUUUGUUCAAGUCGCGCAUUUUUAGAACCAAACGAAUCUCCCGUGACUGCUCUCGCGAGUCCACCAGGAUCUGGAAACACCUGGAUGCGAUAUUUACUUGAAGUCGCCACUGGGAUUUAUUCAGGCUCAUCUUACGGGGAUAAAAGGUUGCGUAAAGGAGGUUUCAUCGGCGAAUGUACAACUUACAACUCUGGCAGGACAUUGGCGGUAAAGGAUCACUUCAUGAAGGAGAAGAAUCGAAAUUACAAACGUGCAAUAAUACUUUUACGAAAUCCAUUUCAUGCGUUACUGGCGGACUAUCACAGAAAAUAUUCUGGUCAUGUUGGGACAGUGGAUGUUGAAAAACUCACACUCGAAGUUUUCAAGGCGUAUCUUUCAAAGAGUGCACCGGAGUGGCUUCGCAGACUUCAAAGAUAUUUCACACACGUUAAAGGAGACAAAGUUGUUGUUUUAUAUGAAGAUCUUGUGGACAAUCUGCUGCCUCAGAUGAGAAAAGUAGUCAAUUUUUUUCCAAGAAAGUUGAUAGAAAAAUAUAUUCCUAGUCUGGAAGACAGACUGGUGUGUCUAAUUCUUGAUCACACCGGGUCGUUCAAAAGACCAAAGUCGGAAUUCCCGUAUUAUCUUUUUGAUGAAGAAGUAAAAACUACGAUUCGAAAAGCACUUGACAAAUUAAGAAAUUUAUUUAGGCAAAACAAUUUGGGAGAGCUUCCAAAAUCGUAUUCUGAUACAUGAAUAAAACUCAUUUUUCGUGAGUGUGAAAUUUUCAUCCUCCCACAUUACGCAAAUACCGAAACAUUUAUUGGACGAGUGUUUCCAAUACAAAAUUUUCUGUUUAUGCAAACUCUUUAGUUUUCAUUCUUGUUCACAAGCAGUGCUCAAUAUAAAAAAUCCCCCACUUUUAAAUUAACUUUAGCAGUAUGCUUGGUUAAUUGUGCCCACUCAUUUCGUCAAGUUAACAAGGCUUUUAAUAAAUUUAUGAAUGAGUGUGCAG